UCAAAACCUUUUGUGUUUGAAGAGAAAAAAAUGGUAAUGGUGGGUGAAUUGAGAUUUGUUUUUUUAAUAUAAACAACCUUCUCUUAUACCUAACGAGCAUUUAAAUUUUAUACGUUAAUUCAUACUCUAUCGACUUACAAAUUUUUGAUAGCGUUUUAAUUUAAAUUUUGCUCCAAAAUCGCGUAUUCCCGCUUAGAGUAGCCGGGGGUCCUUGGUCCUAACCUCCCAAGAUCAUUUAUUUUAGGAAAAAAUGUCCAGACACGUGCAAAACACCGAUUCUUCGGUACUGGAGAGAAGAUUACGACCAAUUUAUGACUGGUUAGAUAGUGGAAACAAUAAAAAAGCCUUACAAGAAUGCAACAAGGUACUGAAGAAGACUCCCAAUUUGCCCUGCGCCGAGGCCCUGAAAGCCCUUACCCUUUGCAGAAUGCAGAAGGAGUCAGAAUCUGUUGCUAUACUCGAUAGUUUAAAUAUUGAGAGUACCGAAAGUCCAUUAGAUAAUGCCACUUUACAGGCAAUGACUCUGUGUUAUAGGGAAAUGAGAGAAAUGGAAAAGAUUUGCAAAUUAUAUGAAACUGCUGUUAAACUAGAUCCAACAAAUGAGGAACUACAUACCCAUCUUUUCAUGAGUUACGUUAGAGUAAAUGAUUUCAAAGCUCAGCAACAAUGUGCUAUGACCCUCUAUAAGCAGAAACCUAAAAAUCCAUAUUAUUGUUGGAAUGUUAUGAGCAUUGUACUGCAGGCAACUAGGGGAGAAGGUGCAAGCAACCCAGACAAAAAGAAACUUUUGUUAAGUUUAGCUGAAAGAAUGAUGAAAAAGUUUAUUGACGACAACAAGGUGGAUGCUGAGCAAGAGGUUCAAUUGUAUAUGUUAAUAUUAGACCAUUUAGGGAAAUAUGAAGAGAUAAUUGCUUUACUGGAAGGCCCCUUAGGAGAGAAGCUUCAAUGUUCUAACCUGUCCCACUUAAAACUAGAUUACUUUAAAAAGUUGAAAAAGUGGCAUCAGAUCAAUGUACUUUGUAAAGCUAUAUUAAAUGAAACUUUUGAUUUUUGGAAUGUAUGGAAAGAUUAUAUUCAUUCUGCAAUUGAAUUGAGUAACAUCACAGAGAAUGGAGAUAAUUCUUUACCAGUGGGGGAAUCUGAUACCCCAGACAAUUCAGCUGAAAAAUGUCAUGAGUUUAUUUGCUCUGUGCUUGAAGUUGGUGCUAGAAACAGUUUUUCACUUAGAGGGACCUAUCUUGCCAGGUUUGAACUUUGUUUAAGGUUAAGGGAGAAAAAUAUGAAAACUGAAGAGAUUUUUGGAGAUGUAAUUGAACUCUUUAUAGAAUACUUUAGGAAAUUCGGACAUAAGCCUUGUUGUGUCUCAGAUCUGAGGAUUUAUUUGAAACUGUUGGAUUGCAAUCAAAAAUUGGAGUUGGCUGGCAAAUUGGUCAAAGAGCUUGGAAUUGGACCCACAAGUGUGCCGCAAUCGGCCGACCAAAUGCAACAACACAUCUGCGUAAUCCAAUUGGCCCGGCUAUGCGGCUACUACCGUAAUUUAUCCGGAGAACACUUAAGGGCCUUAGUAACUGCAUUUAUAUUACAUUAUCAGCAUGGAUCCCAAGCUUACGGAAAAGGUUUGUUAUCAACCGAUCUUGGUCCUGCGGAUUAUUAUGGGAUAUUGGCCGCUCACGUGCUCUACGACUUAUCCAGGGGUGAAGAGGGAAACCACAAUAUGGUGGCGGCUCUGGCUCUUUUGGAGGGUUUACUGAAACAUUCUCCCAGUAAUUUUCAUGCUAAAUUGUUGGCUGUGAAGCUUUAUCAUAUGAUAGGGGAUAGUAUGGAUGCCAAUUUUGUGUUUCACGGCCUGGACGUAAAACACAUCCAACUAGAUUCCCUCGGUUACGUUCACUGUGGAAGAUUAGCUACCACCGGUCAAUUUUCCUUGUGCGCCAUGCAUUUCGACACCACUCUGAAAUUUUUUUCCAGUAAUUAUAGGGAUAGCACAGACCACCUAACGUUCUCUUAUAAGUUCGGCUCGUUUAUGAAAUUGGAAGAGUUUAUGGAUUUCAGGGAAAAACUUAAUAAUAGCAUGCACUACACGACAGUGGUGGUAGAUAGGAUAAUUUUAAGUCUAGUCGAUUGUUCUGGGGUGGACAGUCUGUAUGAUUUGGAUAUAUCUCCUAAGGACGAUAAAAUCGAGUGGGAUAAACUUGUGGAUAAUCGCGAUUUAAAAGUUUAUGUUAACUGGGAUCCAGAGUUCGCAGAUCGGUCGUUAGAAGACUCAGAAGAGAUUCGGCUUUUAUUCGAGCAAGAUUUGAGAUUUUUGAAGAUGAGGACUCACAUUUUAUGGACGUUGCAUGCCGGGAUAGAGAUAUUAAAAUCGAUGGAUGGUUCGAGGCAAAAACAUAUCGAGAGCCUGAGGGCACUUUUAAAAGACUGGACCGAAUUGGAAGAGGAUGCGAGGACGAAUUAUUCAAAACCAGUACCUGAGGACUUAAUAGCUUAUCCGGCUCCUUCUAGGCUGCACGGUUAUCUCGAUACCCCCUAUAGACAAUCAAUCAGCGCCGUGUUAGAAUUUUUCGUUUCCCUUUCGUUGGACGUGAAGGUGGAGGAGACCUGUAGGGAUGCCAAAUUGCAAUUUGAGAGCCUCGUGCAGACAUUAGAAAAGAAAGUUAUAAGUGAUUCUUCGGAUUUCAGGGAGAAGCGGAAAGGGUUGGAGUUAUUGGUAAACCACUUGGAAGUUCUUUGCGUGUGUUGCGUCCUAUGCAUCAUGUGCAGCGAACUAAUCAAACCUCAGCAGCAGCCACAAAAAAAGGCCAACAAAAAGAAACAACCGAUCGACACGAAACAAAAAGACUUAUUAAACAAUUUAGUGGGGCACCUAAAGAGACAAAUAAACAAUUACGGUCUAUUGUUAACGAGGUGGUCGAACUCGGUGGUGGAACGGGAUCUAGAGGAUCUCUUCGACUCGUUGAGUCUCGCGGAAAACGCGGACAGUACUUCGUUGGUGCGUAAGGUGGUGCACAGUUACGCGAUGUCCACCAAAGAGAUGCAGGGGGUGGUCAAAAAUAAGUUGAAACUGUUGGAAACGUUGUUGGGCGGGUUGUAGUAGUAUUGUGUGCCAUAGUUCAUGUUCAAAUUUGUUUGGUAUCUGCUGCAUCAAUUUGGUAUUUGCGUUAUGAGGAGUCGUUUUUUUUCGUUAGGAUUUUUGUAUUUGCACCUUUAACUACAUGGCUUACCAUCAACAUUAGGAGGAAAAAUACUUUUAAACCUAAAGUUGAUUGGUUUCUUUAAAAACAAUAAAGUAAAACCGAAAACCAAGUUUGUUUUUUUCAUAGGCUAGAACUUAAAUAUUGGUUUGAAAAAAUUUUGAUGAUUUUCGUCAUAAAUAUACAGAGUGUUUCAUUUAAAAACUAAAAGAAUGCUAUUGAUUUUGUUUUUUUUUACAAGCUCUAGACAAGAGAAGCCAGUCACCGUUGGUUUUUAAAGACCUUCUAAUACUUAGAGUAACCCCGGUAGAUAAAGGUGCAAAUAUGAAAAAUAAACUUGUACAGGGUGUCUCAUUUUUGUUUAAAAUGUUUCAUUUGCAAAGUAAAGCGUUAAGAAGAUUGAUUGCGGGUAUUAAGAGAACCUUGAAUAUAAAAUACGCCAUACAGGGUAGACACAUUAGGAAUUUUAUGUUUAAGAAACGGUUCUAUAUGAAAAUCCAAAUACCUUAGGAAAUACGCCAAGCAAUACCUUAAAUUCCGAAAAUAAAUUAUACCACUAAAAAGCGAUUUUGAUGCAAGUGUCUAGGUAUGAGUUCCAAAAAUCAUGUCCAUUUUGUUGCCCUUUUAGGUCAAUUUUUCAAUAUAUUGCAAUAAAAUCGUUUUUGCAACCAUGAAAAAAAUUUUUUUCGCAAAUAUUUUUGAAAAUUUUACAAAAAACGAACCGAGUCUUUACAUACCCAGUCAACAAUCAAAAAAAAUUUAGGGUGUUUUCUAAAUACAUGAUGAUGAUCUGUUUGUUGAGGGACAUUGGAUGUGAUACUGUAUCUACUCUCGAGGUGUCGGAAGUGAGUGAUUCUACUCAUAAGUUGAUUGUUCUUUUUUGAGACCUCUUUCGUAGAUCUUUCAAGUGAGCCCUCUCUGCGAGCAUCUUGCCUUCGGGAUUUCGAGGGUUUCCUCUCUCUCCUAGUGUCGUUGCUCGAGGAGCUUGUAUUUAGGGUCGUACGAAGGUUGCUAUUUAUACUUCUGACACAAUGAUGAGAACACAAGUAUUUAUAUUAAAAAAUCGGUUUUAUUGUUUUCCAGAGUAUUCUCCAUGAUGAUCAAUACACUUUUUCCUUUGAACCAAUUGUCAAAACAUUUUUUCCACUCCGAUUGAGGUCUGAAUCCAUGAAUUGCUUCUUCGGUUUUCGUAAAAAAAGUUAUGUUUUCAUUAGGUGCGAAAUCAGGACUGUACGGCGGAUGUGCCGCUGUGUGAGAGCAGUGUCAUGAUGAAGAAUGAUUCGCCUUUGCUGCUUUUUUUAAAUUUCUCCGAUCACUUCUGGCAAACAAAUCGCGCACUUAGAAUAACAAGGGUGGAUCUGUAUAGUCAACUAUUCCAAGAAAUUGAAGGCCAAAGUUUUCAUAAGUAAUAAUCUAUAAUAAAAUUCAUGAUAUUAAGUCAGAAAAAUUAGUGUAUUUUUAAAAUAUUUUUUAAGUAAAAUUUAGUUUUAAUAAAUUUUAUCAUAAGUGAAGAUAGAACUUUGUGAAAUUAAAUUUUUAGAAAAUUAAAAUCAAACAUAGUUCUAUCGUUACCAUAUAUUUCUCCAGGGCAAAGUACCAUUAUGCAAAGCAAUAUAAUAGGCGAAGGGUCCUGUUUACUUCACAAUCUUUAUUUCAAAAAUCCCGACGCGUUUCGGCUGUUAAUGAUAGAGUGUACAGACGCUUGUCCUGCCAGAAGCGCUUCUGGAAGUACUUUUGUACAGAGACACAUGUCCUGUCGGCAGGACUUCUUUCCGCUCAUAAGAUUAGCCUGCAAGCAGAACAAAACGUCCUUCUGGCAGUACAGGUGCAAAAUAAAAAAAUAAAACAUGCAGCCUCAUCGUCUUAAUCAGUGCAUAUCCUACUGGCAGGACUCAUAUUUAGGCAUAUUUGUACUUCCAGAAGUUCAAUUUUUAAAAACGAUUAUUUUUAUUAACUUUAUCUUGAUAUGUAAGUACGAAAUAAAAAAUAAAACAUUUUAAAUGAAACGGUAAUAUUAUAAUCAACUUAACAUAUAAGGAUUUUAUAAAAAAAGGAAAUAAAUUUAUGUUAAUAGAAAAUUAGGCUGGUAUACCAUGCUGAAUGUGAUAUGUGAAACAAUUUCUUCCAGUAGUUGGAGAACACAUUACUGCUCGGAUUCCACAAGCGCUACAUCUGUAACUAGACUUCUGCUGCACAUUUCUUAUUCUACUGCAAAUAAUACACUUUCUUUGCACUCUUUGCCGUUCAUCUUCCUUACUCAGGGCAAUGAGAGUGUGUUCUCCAGGAAGCCAAUCUUGUUUCGGGGGUAGCCGUGCUUCAUUAUGUACUUGCCGCGGAGGCAGCGGAGUUUCUACUACAGCACCUGUCCAUUGGUUAUUAAUAAGUUGUAAUGCCAAAGCUGCAGUAAAAUCAGAAUUCUUUUUUAAAAUAUUUAUACGCUAGAAAGGCAUUUGUCUCUAUAAUUCCAAACAUGCUAGCAAACAUUCUAUGCUGCUAUCUCUGAGUAUUCCAUGUAGUUUCUAGAGCUAAGCCGUUUUGACGAAUAUGGUUAUGAAUAUCGACUGCGGGGGCUCCAUCAAAAUAAUCCUCCACUAGCUUGAUUCGCUCCACUUCUUUGAUAAUGGUUUUCCCGUUAGCAUCUGUCCUUUUUUUUCUCGCAGGUUCACCUGGCAGAGUUGUACUGCAAUGUGUGAAUGUGUGAACCUUCUUGUCACGCCAGCAACACAUGUUAGUUUGAUGUAUGGAUCUGCGAUCACACAGGUGGCAGCAAUAGACUUGCCUUUUUCUUUUGGGUAACGUAUUUUUGCCUCCUGUAUUGGAUAAUUUCGGGUUGCUGUUUUUACGAUUCCUUAAAAAUACAGGCCCCUUUUAUUGAGCUCUACAGCCGUCUUGACAGAAGCAAACCACGAGUCGCCUACUACAAUACGUCCAGAUCCAUGCCACGGACGGGUAAGUCUCAGAGUUGUCGCAGUUCCUGCGCCCAGUUCUCGUUGCCAUUCCUUUUUCUGCAUUGCCUAUUUUCCUUCGUUUAUUUCAAGCCCUAUCAUGAUUCCAGACUGAACAUCAGCAAUGGUUUUGCGUUCGCAACCGACACCUUUUGGCUUUCUUUGUAUUUUUAUUACAGCUGGCAUACCAUCGCGUUCAUUAUGAAGUCCUUUCCCGUACCACGCAAACAUCGAUUCGUCGACGGUUACCUUAUAGCCCGGGCUGAAAAUAUCAUUCCAUUUAGAUGUUGUCAUAUCGAAGAACGCUCUGACUUGGUACCAGUUAUCCAUAUUUUCUUCAUUGUUAAGUUCUUCAGCAGUAGGCAUUGCAAAUGCCAGGCAAUUGAUGAUUUCUUCGAAUCGAUGUAAUCCCAUCCCAAACCUUUGACCAAAAGCAGGAGCUGGAAACAAACCAGAUUCGGUACUCCAAUACUCUCGCUUUGUAUGCAGUGAAUUCAGAGUAAUCGCAUACAUAAUUCCUAAAGCCUCGUACAGGUCGCCCUUGGUUACAGCUCUUCGGCGCUCCCUCAAUCUUGCAUUGGUACUUUGGAUAAUAAGAUCUAUAUCUUCAGACGGAAAAAAUGCUAGCCAAAAAUCUAACUCAGUCAUGUUUGGUAUGUUAUUAACAUGUAAUUGGGGCUUAUAUUGCGCAUCUUUGAAAGCAUUGAUGGUCACGGUUUCUCCAAAAGUCCAGGUACAGUCAUGAACUGUUACUUGAUUACUGUGAAUAACUGGCAUAUACCUCUCAGAUUCUGUCUCCAUGGUGGAUACUGCAUCGCCGUCAGCUGAAUCUGAAUCAGAUGAUGCAGAGGAAGACGAAGAUGAUGUUUGGUGAGGCUCAUCAUUACAGCUGGAUAUCAUGGCAUCAGUAAUUUUGCGUUUGAGUGGUGGGGCUUUUGUCUCUAAUAUGCCUUGAAAGAAAAAUAAAAUUAAAAAGAAUGGCAAUUACGGGCAGUUAGCUUUUUUAGAAAACGCUUGGAUGCGUUGAUUCUAUUUACGAGUGGGACACCUAAUAUUUACAAAAUUACCUUCAUACCAACCAACAAACACCAACCAACAAAGUUUUUUUCAACACUAAAAUGUUAGCCUUCAUUUUCCUAAUUUUUAAAAAACAUGUACCUGUAAUCCUUACCAAAAUAAUAUUGGCUAGCUCUCUGAAUAAAUAAAAAACGGGAAUGUAAAAAUACGCCGAGAUAAAAUACAAAUAAAAUCCUGUACCUCUAUUUGCUCUAAAUUACAAACAUAUGCCACUAAAAACUUACCAUUAUUAGCAAGUCGCAGAUGUUUGCAACUAAUUUUUGUUUUGUUUCCAUCUAAUUCCCACUCUACUAAUGCCAUAUUUGUUGUUUUAAACAUUUUUUUCACAACGCCAUAACACACUGCAGUUUGCCAUUUAUCCCCAAACUGUGAUUUACUCUACGAAUUAUCAUUUUUUGAAUCAAAAACCGUAGCGGGUGUAAAAAUACGACUGCCGACUUCCAUUUUUCACGCGUAACUAAUUGACAAGUUUAAACUCUUAUAAAAUCGCACUCAAUACAGAUAUUGACGUCAUUCAAAAAUGCGCUUGUAGGACAAUCUUUUACAAAUCAGAAUAUAUGCACAUUUGUCCUGCUGGUAGGACCUAAAGUCCUAAUAUUUACCGAUUUCUUACGCACUCAAAUGUGCCUCAUACGUCCUGCCGGAAGGCCGCUGUACAUUCUAUUAUUAAACCAUUGUCAAGGGAAGACUAUGUAAGUAAAAUAUAAAAGGGUGUUAUUAAACUAAUAAAUUAAUUAAAAACAUAGUAAAACUUACAUGAUAUUAUCACAAAGUGUCCAUAAAACAAUGUUAAACCAUUUACAAUGGUUUAACAACAGAAACGCAUCGGGAUUUUUGAAAUAAAGGCUGUAAAGUAAACAGGACCCUUCGUCUAUUAUUUUGCUUUGCAUAGUUCUAUCAGUUGGAACCUUGUAAAAUUAAUAUUUUCAAAAUAAUUUAAAGUCAUUUUGGCAUUUACUUUAUUUUUUUAAAUAGCACGUUAUUGGGAACAACCACUUUUGAAAUAAGGUUUUUUUUCCCAAUAAUUUGGUAUGAUUAUUUUUUAAAUCGGUGGAUAAAUAAGCCGAGGAAAAAGAAAAAGAAAAAAAUUAAGUCAUAUAAAUAAAUGCAUUUAAUUAAUAGAAAUAGCAAAAAGGCUUUGAUUUAUUCACUAGGAGGCUGCGUUUUGAUGCGUUACUGACUGUAUUUCUGAAAAACUGAUGACGACUUAUGUAAUAUUAUUUUUCCGUGAUUACUACUUAAUUAAAAAUUUAAAUUUUCAAUGCAUUUAUGGCAUCUUAUUUCAAAAUUCUCAGAAUUUUAUUUUCUAUCAAAACACGUAAUAAUAUACCAUUUGUCCCAUUUAAAAUAAGUGAGUGUCACUUCCUGUUAAACCGGAACAAAAAAAACAGAAUAUAUCCAAAGAUGCUCUUAUGGCUAUUCUAUCUAUCAAUAUACCAAGUUUCAUUUGUUUAUCUUGAAAAGUAAAAAAGUUAUUAAGUGUUCCCUUUUUCCUGUGUCACCCGGUAUAGGGUGCUCCAUAAGAAAAAACCGACAUUUCUAAAAGAAAAAAAAUUGACAUCGGAUUCAAAAAUUUAAAGUUAAACCCCAAAAGUUUUGUAUACUUUUUUUUUACUUUUCACCUAGCCCCCCUUUCCUAAUCAUUUUAUUUCUCUUUUCUCGUAAAUUCUUUUUCUGCAAUGUGUCUUUUCAUAGCUUCUUCUUCUGUGUCAUUACCCUAAUUUCGUUUUUUUUUUCAAAAAGGUUUAGCAGGUGGCGCAGGUCUCACCUUCACAUCCUUUUUAGGCUUAUAAAAACUGUAAUUAAAGUUAGUACAAAAAUAUGUACAUUGACAAUUUAAUUGAAAAUUUAAUUUUCCACAUUAUUUUCUGCACAAUAUGUAGGGUGUAACUCAUCCAUUUUUGGAAUUGUUAAUGUAGCUUCUAAAUAUUGUUUCUGACUAUUUUGUCUACAGUAAUGAGAUUCGACAACAUCAAUUUUUUUUAUAUGUUCAAUAACAACCUGCUUUUUUUCAUUAUUUAUUCUAAUCAAUUUUAUUAUACUUCAAUUUUACUUAUACUGAACUUUAAAAAAAUAUUUGAAUGAAUAUUUGAACGACGAGAAGGACCUUCGGAGCGUUUGUGCCCUUUACUAUACCUUUCUGUUACUUGCUUAAGAAAUACACUUGCGUGCAUAGAAAUCGGCCCACUGUAAACGUUUGACUUUAAAUAUAUUUUUUUAAAAAAUUAUACAUCAGAUCAAAAAAAUAAAUAUGCUGUUUAAAAUACAAUUUAAUAUCCUUUAAUAUGAGUAUAAAUUUAUGAAAACUUAUUUGAACAUCCUAUCUUUAACAUAGUGAAAUUAAUGCAUUAAGAAAAUUAGGCUUUUUUAUUAUUAACAUAAAUAGGGUCAUUGACAAUUUAAAACUUAACACUUAAUUUUUCAAUAAUGGGUAUGACCUCCUCUUGCCCUAAUAACAUCUGUCAUACGAUUAGGCAUAGAUCUAAUCAAGUUUGCUAUUAUUUCUUGUGGGAUGUUUAGCCAUUCUUCUUCUACUGCAUCAAUAAGCCCUGGGAUCGAAUUUGGGGUACGAAGUCUAGCUCGAAUUCUUCGCUUUAGCUCAUCCCAUAAAUGUUCGAUCGGAUUUAGGUCAGGACUGUAUGCUGGCCACUCCAUAACCCGAAAACCGACUUCUGCAAUGUAAUCUUGCACGAUUAUUGCGGUGUGCAGCCUUGCGUUGUCAUGCAUAAAGGUAAAUUCAUCUCCAAUGUAGUCGACGUAAGGUACCACAUGAAUUGCUAAAAUCUCCUCGAUAUACCUAGCAGCCGUUAAAUCUCUUCUUCCGUGAACACGGUCGCCCCUACGAGUGAACUGAAGGUCGGUUCGUGCUUCUAUAGAAAUUGCACCCCAGAUCAUGCAGGAACCACCUCCAUAAGCACUUCGCUUUUCAAAGCAGCAAUCUGCAAAUCGCUCUCUUGGUCUUCGGUACACUUUCCUUCUUCGGAGCUACCAACAGCUCGCUGACUAAGUCCAUUUUCGAUUAAAGCAAUAACUUGGGCGGCUUUUUGUGGUGUAGUAUGCAUUAAAUUAACACACUUGAACACUAUUGGGGUUAUGAAAAACGGAUAAUAUGCAAAUUUCAGUUGCAAACGCAAUAAUUUUAUUAUUUGACAAAUUUGUUAUAUUCGUUACAAUCACCACAUAAACACGGUUCAUUUGUUUACCGGUUGCUACGCAUAUAAACGAUUUCUUGAUAAAUUUCUACUCACAUUAAAGGAUAUUAAAUUGUCUUUCAAACAGCAUAUUUCUUUUUUUGAUCUGAUGGAUAAUUUAAAAAAAAAUAUAUUUAAAGUCAAAAGUUUACAGUGGGCCUAUUUCUAUGCACGCCAGUUUAUAUACUUUUCAUUUUGAUUUAAAUCAUAGUAGCACUGAAACUAUUUUCUUCUAGCAUCCUCCACAAUUUGUUUGGUGCAUUGAAAUUUACACUUAUUUUUACAAUUUUUUUUAUUGAUGAUCUCGCUUGAACUUGCUUUCUUAUGCUUAUAUAAUCCUCACCUUUUUGGCACAGUUCUUUUAGGAUAUUAUUUUUCCAUGUUUGUGGUUUACAUACUUUUUUUCUUACAAGUUUUGUAGUACCAAUUUCUGAGAUAAUAUUUUCCAUUAAAUGGUGAUCGAUAGUGUUUUCUGAGUUUCGACGCUUCGUUAAAAGUUUAUUAUCCAUAUUUUUGCCAGAAAACAAGAUUUCGUUACGAGUUGUGAUGUGAUGUUCAGCACGAGCUAAAAAUAAUUAAUGAACAUGAAUAACACCUUUCAAACACACUUAUUAGUCGUAAGGCAGGUAAUACGUCCGUUUUAGUAUCAAGAAUCAUGUUCUAUAUAAAAGUAACAAUUUUGACAAAGAAUUUUUAGACACAGCAUGCACUCACUUUUAAGGGUUUAAUACAUCGCCUAAAUCCCAGGAAUUUAUUUCGAUUAUCGAGGAAUUUGGUAGAUAGUCAGAGUAUGGAUGGACGAGUUGUUAUGCUGUAUCAGCAAAACAACGAUGAUGAUUUUCAUAUAAUUCAUAGACAUCGUUAGAGUCAUUAAAAUUCGACAGAAAAUGUAAAGAACGUUUUUAAUCAAAAACAUCAAAUUUGAGAAAAAUGUAGUUAGAACCUUGUUAUUCUAAGUGUGCGAAAUGGUACCAUUCAGAAUUGGCCGUAAUAUUUGCGCCACUGUGGCCACGUAACCGGUAAUGCGAAAGAAAUAAGCAAUCAUUUGUUUCGAUAGGCUUCUUCCGCGAACAACUUUUGUUGGAUUUGGCUCAUCUUGGAAGACCCAUAAAAUCGAUUGCUGUUUUGUUUCAGCUCAUAAGUAUAGAUCCAUGAUUACCUGUGUAGAUGUUAUAGGGGAAUUGUGCCUGAGAUGGAAUACUUUUUGCUAAGGUUAUUGUAAACCCUAAAUCCAAACUACAUAAAUACACGAAUUCCUGGAAUUUUAAAAUUCAUUGUCCCCAAUUAUGACUUUCAAACAAAUGGUCCUAGGCCAUCAUCUCAUAUGAAUAGCUCAGGGUAAAAUGGCAUAUUAUCGUGUCAUCUGACCCAAGGCAAUAAAAUUCAUGUUUCUGAUAGAAAAUAAUACUUUAAUAGUAUGAUACUGCCAAACAUAGGUAAGAAACAGUAAUAAACAAAAAUACACUUCUAAAAAAUCAUAAGGAGAGGGUAAAAUAUGUACUUUGUAUUUCUUAUUGGCAUAAUUCGCAAGUAAAGAUUUUCACUCCUUUGCUUACUCCAGAACAUUCAGAAUACCACCACUUGUUUCAUUCCUGACAGCGAAAAUCAUCAUUUUUCGUGAGAACCCGAAUAAAAAUCAUUGCCAUAUAUCCAUGCAACAUCUUCCUCAUCUUCUUGGUAGUGUUCCGUAGUUUCUUCUGUUUGCCAGUACUUUCUAUUUGCUGCCAUGCCGAUUUUCGUAACAUCAUAUAUCAAUCAUAUCAAUAUCAUGUUCAAUAUUUAGGCUUUGAGAAUUACUUUCUUUUAACGUAGAUGGCAUUAAAUUUAAGUGGAUCGGUAGUUUUAGAACUUUCUUUUACAGCAGUUUGAAGUUUCUCAAAUUCUCUUAUAUCUCAUCUUUAUCUUGGGGAUUGGUAACUUUUGCUGGUUGAACCAUCAAAUCUGGAAAGACGUCUUUAUUAAAUCGACAUAUACCGGUUUUUAGGACUGCGUUGACCGCAUUUUCUAUUGUUGCAGCUUUAUUACAGGCUUCUCUUAGCAUACCGCCGACUUGAAAAUGGGUAGGUAUUACAGAUGCCACAAAUCCAUUUUUGGCAUUUGCAGCAUUUUAUCCAUUCAACUCGAUAUUUGUAGUUUUCCCACAAACACUUACAGAUGCCACAUUUGUUUGAAUCAUCUAUUUUUCGUGUCGAUUUUCUUAAUGGGAGAUUUUUUCUUUACCCUUAACACCCAACUUUGAUUUAUUUGUUGCGCUCUUCGAAUUUCCUUUAGAGGUGGAUGGUUCUGCAUCAUCAUCGACAAUAUUCAUGGCGCUCUCGCCUACUUCUGAGGAGGUGAUGGACGGAACAUUUUGCCCUGGUUCUAUUUUUUUUCCUCGUUUUCUUUUCUUCUCGGGAUUUUGAACUCCCCUAUGUUCUUUUAACAACUAAACUAAACUUUCGUCUAAUGUUCUUCCAAUUUCGUUUUCCUGAACAGCAGUAUCGGGAAGUUUUUGUAGAACCUCUUGCGCAUUACAUGGAUAUAAGCCGGUGGUGCGAAAUCCUGAUAUUAAAUUUUGCGACACUGUGUCACUAAUGGCCACCCAAAGUCUGUUCAGUAAAAUGGGAAAUUGUUCUUUUGAAAUUGACCCAGGAUAUCGAUUUUCUCUUCGCCAGCUUUCGAGAAUAUCACGCCAUCUCUUCUUCAUUGGUCCGAAUACCGCCACAUCUAAUGGUUGCAUUAGAUGCGUGGCAUUGGGAGGAAACGGGUUCAUAUAUAUAUCAUGUUCUUGUGCUGCCUGUACGACACUUGGAGCAAAAUGGCUGGCCAGGUUGUCUCCUACGAGGAUCACUCUCUUUCCAGGUUCUCUUGUUCUUAGGACAUGUGGAAGUAAAAUUUCCUUAAACCAUAUCUCGAAUAAGUUGGCGUCAAACCAGCCACUUGGACUAUUUUUGUAAACUGUUCCUGGUGGGCCGCCUUUACACCAGUUUUCAUAAAUAUUAUUGGCUUUAUAUAUCACCAUGGGCGGCAACAAGACUCCACUGGCGCUACCGCAGACCAUUAUGCUUAUGGCUGUCCUGGAAUGAUUUUGGACACGUUCGACCCUUUUCGAGUUUCGUGGAACAAUGACUUUUCUAGCACCAGGGUCAUCAGUGACGUUUGUUUCGUCAUAGUUAUAUAUAUGAUCCCCACUAGAGUCUAAUAAUGCAGGUGUAAUAUUUGCAAAAAACUUAGCUACAAAACAUCCUCUUGGUCCACUGAGGAUCGGGAUCUUUUGAUAUUCGAGGCUAUUCGAACAGAUAAAUUGUUUCGUUUGAUGAAAGCACUAACCAUAUCAUCCCCAGGGGUGUUGUGUUUUAAUACAGGUAUAAUAAUACCCUUUUUGUCAAGGUAUUUUUCAAUAACAGCCUUUAUAUCUGGCUUUGUUAGUGGAAAUCCCCAUUCUGCCACGACUCCCAAGGAUCUUGAUAUUAACCCUUCUUCUGAGGACUGUCGGAUGUCCAACAGACUUUGGUUGCCUUCCAAGGCAUUUAUAGACUAGAGUCAUGGGAUCCUAUAGGUUUGGGCCGCUAGUUUUUUGCUCAUACCACUUCGAACGGCCUCCACUGCUUUUUCUAAAUUUUCUUCGCUAUAGUUGGCAUAUGGCCGGCUGCCAGGGGUUUUUUCGUAGGUCCUCAUGGUUUAAUUAGUUACUUGGAUCUGUAACAAAAGAACUAUCAUUAUGUUUUAAAUUGCAGCCGCCCAUUUUUUCCCUUCAUAAAAAAAACAAUGGCGCGCUACUGAACGUGACCAAAUUACCCCGGGGUGACAAAGUAACCCCGGUUUACGGUAACAGUUCUUCCAGGGGUUGACUUAAGCCAACGAGGUCAUUCUUGAUUGUAGUAUGUCGUAAGUAACCUGAAAAAACAAACGUUUAAAGGUUGCACCCGAUGGGUGCAAUGAGGAGGAAAGCAAAAUACGACAAUCCCGUUUUCUUUGGCAUAUUUAAUGUUAGAGCUUUAUUACUUUUGUGGUUACUGUGUCCAUCUAAGAGAAAAAGAACUUUAUUUGAAACAUACAAAGUGCUUAAGGUACUUAAUAAAUCCUUUUCCAAUCAUCCAACCAUUUUCUUGAGGUAAACCCAAUGCUCCUGGUGGAGCAUCGUCCUAGGAAAUAGUCUUUCAUUUUUCCUCGGAAAUAAUACGACGGGGGUUAACACAGCGUUAAAGCAGCACGCAAUUGUAAGAUGUUGACCUCUCUCCGCAUUCGUUAGAAUACCUACUUGCUUUCUACCCUUUUUUGCUAGUAUUUUAGUAUUUUUUGAAGAAACUGUUGAAAGUCCAGACUCGUCCAAAUUAUAUAUUUUUUCUGGCGAAAGUUUGUAUUUGUCCAAAACUGUUUCAAUAUCAUUAAAGCACAUAUGAGGAGUUCGCGUGCAUAACCGGAUAUAUCCACUUUCAUCAAAUUUUCAGGAAACACGAAAAACACCCUGUGUAUUUAUAUUUAAAAAUAGUAAUAUUUUAAGAAAAUAGCUUUAAUUAAGCGGGGUUAUAUUUCUCUUUAUUAUAGCUCAUUUUCUUCUUGGGUUUCAAAAUUUACUGAAGUAUCCACAUUGGCUCCGGUAUUGUUACUAUGUAAUAGGUUUUUGUACCACAAAAAAUCUUUUCUGUUUCGCCAGUCAUCCCCAAAAUGUCCCACCAAAUGAUUGAUUUUUUUUUUUGGUAUGGAAUUACCUAGUGCUAGCGUGCUAAGCUGUAUGUUGUCUUCUGAUUUUCCCUUCUUAAGAAGCGGUUCCCAAACUGUGUCACCCAAUGAUGUAAACCGAUAAAAUUAAGACAUAUUAAUUUUAACAUUGGUUUAACAUGUUCAUUCUCAAUUUUUUUAAGUGAAUUUUUUUGCAUUCUGAAAUUCCCUUUAUUUUUUAUAUACCUUUCGAAUUCUUUAACAUUAUACAUUUGCCGGUCAAGGCCCAGUGUUUUUACCAAACCCACAUCCGAAUAUAUUUUAACGUAUUUUUCUUUUGUUUCAAUGACUGGAUGUCUUAUGAACUUAAAACACUAAAUGAACACUUUUAUUUGACUGGUCUUACAGGAGUUAAAAGCGCGUGGAAUCACAACUCAACGUCCAAAUAACAACUACUAGAAUAGAUAAUAAAAAGUGCAAUAGAAUACGGACAACUUGUUUAUUUGAAUAUAACCGCUUUUGUUAUUAAAAUUUGGAUAUAUCCGUUUUGCUCCAAAUGUCGAAGUUUACUUAAUGUUUUUAAUGGGAUUUAUUCGGUUUUGCUUCCAAACAAAUAUAUGAACCAAUAGAAAUGAUAACAAAGAACCAAAAACCGUCAAAAAACGAUUUUCGGUCAAAAGUGGAUAUAUCCGGUUUUGCACCCAAACUCCUCAUAUUAAUCUGAACUUAAUUAAAAGCACGAGCUCUUGCAUCGGGUGUUGCCUCUGGUAUUCGAAGCGAGAUUGUAGGAUUUUUUAAGCUAAAUCCUUUAUGCCAAUUGCAGCCUGCAUUUUUUUUUCUUUUGAAAAUCUGUGCGGAUUUUUGUUUGUCUCGGUAAUUUCAUAGGCAGGUCUACGAACGUCCUCUGUUGUCCAAAAAACGCAAUUCCAACUCUUUUAUAUGGCGCAUAACUCACUUUAGCAUUAAAAGUUAUAUUCUCCUAGGUAACCUUUACUGGCUCCACAACCAUUUCUAGCUCCUAAGCGUUGUUUGCGACACGUUAUAGGUUUUUGAAGCUAAAAGCCGUCCCAUUUUCGGCUUUUAAUAGCGUCCCGAUUUUCUAACAUAUUUGCCCACCAUUUUCCCCAAGUCAUUUACAUAAUUAAUACCUUAAUGAAAUAGAGUAAUUGGGAUAAGGUGGCAUACUAUUUCAUCUAACCCUGAGCUUACUUGUUUGCGUUCGACGUACAUUUCUAAAAUGUCAGUUCUUAGUUUUACUCACUUAUUAAGGCAUAUUUGUAGCUAUUGUAUAAACAACAUUAUAGGUUUGAAUUUUCUUUCAAACGAAAGCUCUGAUUAUACCACAUAUUGAUAUGAUGCUGGGUAAAAAGUCUUCACUUACCUUUAGAUGCAAAUAGACCAUACCCUCUCAUUCGGCACUCACAAACUAAAUUCUCGAAGCAGCCGUUAUACGUCCACGUGCACCUAUGCUAAUCGAGGCCAGCUGUUGCCAGCUCAAUUAUAAAGUAACAAAAGGGAUCGUUAUGUCAUCUCAUCCAAGGAUGGCACACUCAGGCACAAUUCCCCUCCACUGCCUUUGAUGCACCUUGAACGUAUUUUUUUCAACAUUUCCUUGUACCAAUCAACACGAGCUUUCUUUUGAGUGAUUGUCAUUGCAAGAUGCAAGCAAUUUUUUUUUACGGACAAAUGUUCAUGCAGUGUCUUAUUGAUGCUUGUUAUAUUACUGCCCAAAAAUGCCAGUUUACGCACAGCAUCGAUAUUGCUCAAAAUGUUCACGAGUUAAUUCCAUUUUUCGUCCGAGACUAAUUUUUCAAGUUACUGUAAACAACACAAAUUGCACUCAAAUGAGAAAAUAUUCUGAAGAAGGUUAUGUUCAACAAUGUUAAGGUUCCAAUGGCGCCUGGCAACAUUCGCUGUUACCAAGGCCAGAAAUAUAAAUAGCAACCCUCGUAUACUCCGAUGCCUAACGACCACUCAAUAGCAAGUUUUCGGUAUUAUUUUAUUUUUGCGCAGGGAUGUAUAUAGAUUUUUAAUUGGUCACUUAUAUCUAUGUAUGAUUUAUAAUUAUUAUAUUCGAUUACUGCUUUGGAUUUCUGAAUUUGUUUGUUUCGUUUUUUUAUGACAACCAUUUCAUUGUUGUGUUUAGUAGCUCUGCAAUCUUUCCAUUGUACUAUAGUUAUCCCAUCUUUACAUUGUUCUGCUGGAUAUACACCCACCCAUAGAUUUUUUUUGACACACUUCUAAGACUAUAUUUCCGAUUUGAUCUCAAAGUAUUAAGAUUGGUAAAGAAAUGGACGUAUAAUAGUUGUCCAUAUACAGAGUACGUCCUUCAUCCAGUAGAUGCUCCAUUAACUCCAUAACAAUUUUCGGUAGGCUCUUCUGUUCUUCUUUUCCACAAUAAACCAAAAGUGCUCAAAAUAAAAAGUGAUAAAAAAUCAAAGUGCCACAUUUUGAGCAAUAGCGGAAAGCGAUUUCUUGACAUUAUUUGUUUUAUGGAAUUUUCAUGUAUUUUUAAUGCUCAUGAAUGUUUACAUUUCGUCUAGGUCAGACUCACGCCAAGAUUUCAAACGAAACUUCGGAUUUACAUUUUUCUCAAUACAUUGUUUUACUUAACGAUUGGUUCCCACAACAUAAAAAAACAAAAUAUUAAAAAUUGGUGGAAAAUUUCUGUCGUAAGAACUCUAUGGUUUACGUAGACACAUAAGGACGAACUGAGCCGAACACCUUUCUCGAGACAGAACAGUGAAAUUUCUACCACCGCCCUUCAAACCGCUUUCAAACUUCCAUCAAACCAAGAAUUUCAUCAUUCAGAAAAUUCUAUAAAAAUUAAAUGGAGUUUUGUCACUUUGUGAAUUAUUUAUGUCACUACGUGAAUUAUUUAUUAGCUUUUUCAGUGGGAGGAUAUUUUAUAAAGGUUCAAAUAUCAAGGAGCUUAAAAAAUAAAUAGCCAAGGGUGCUUCGAAAACAAUUCUAACAUUCUUGUUACGAAUUUUAUUUCGAAUCCUGAGUCUAGUGAUUUAUUUUUUAGUUAAAACUCAUGCAAAUUAAAUUGCAAAUGAGCGUUCCUUAAAAGCGUUUGUUUUCUGUAUUUAAUUCAAAAAAGGCAUAAUUUAAAUGUUAAAACUGUUAAAUCGCUGUUUACAUGCGAUCUAUUUAGCAAAUUAAUGCAUAACUUAACUCUAAUAUAUAAAUUCUUUUUAAAUCGUCUCUUCACCCCUUAAAAUGGAGCAUAUUUUACAUAAAUUUGAAAAGAAAAUAACAUUCAAGUAGGGGAGAGGGUCCUAAGAUGACGAACUUAAGGUUUGCGGUCCAAUUAAAACUCUAUUUUCCUACCUCUAUCUGCCUCUAUCUGCUCUUUGUUAGGAGUUACUGACUCUGGCAUGCGCUGAGGACCAGAUGUGGAAGGCACAAGUUCCUCAAUUAAUUUUGGUUCAGCGUCAAUUUCCUUUUCUGUCAUUUGAGCAGUUUCAAAGUCAAUGUCCGUAAAAAUGUCAGAAUCAAACGGCUCUAUGCCAGUUGCCCGAAACCCACUUAGGCCGUCGUCCCACCAAAGAUACGCGAAGGCGAUACGAAGUUCAAAAUGUCAACGAGUGAAGACGAGGAUGUGGUUGCAAUGUAUUGGUAUUUGCGGAAUAGAAAAAAAAAGAAAAUGGUGUGUGCAUCCUUUUAUUGAGAAAAAUUUAAAAAAAAAUGUUUAUUGCUGCUAAGGAGCUGCACAGACAUCCAUUAAAAUCCAGUUCAGCAUUUUGUUGUGCCAUAAUAAACUAAAAAACAAAACUUCGAUAAAUGAAAAAAAAAACGCCAACACACACAGCUUGAAUGUUGCUUCGCAACUGACACGUCCAGUCUCCCGGCAACACGAAGGCGACAUGCUUUUGGAUGUGUCUUCGGCGCAGCGUUGGUGGGGACAAAAUGAUUUUAAAACAUGUGUUCGACACGAAAGAUACACGCUGGCGACAUCGCGGAGAUGUGGCGUCGCUGUCGUGUAUCUUUGGUGGGACGACGGCCUUAAAGCAUUCGCGACGGUUACUUUUAAAUAGGCCUUUCCAAAGAUUGAGGCAAUGUCAUUCAGUGUAAUGGCUUUUCCAGGAUUGUUUGUCAAAAAGUCAUCGCAUGACUAUCUACUAUAUGCAGUUUUUAAGGGGCCAUACACAGACACAUCUAAUGGUUGCAUUCUGUGACUGGUGUGUGCGGGAAAUCCCAAGAGAGAAAUAUAAUUUUCCCUGCACAUUGUUACAGCUUCAAAGGUCACGUGACUUGCAUGGUUAUCCAAUAUGAGCAGAACUCUGUUGUUUUUGCUAGGACGAGCGUAUUGGAUAAAAUGUUCCUGGAUAAAAUUUUCAAAAAAUUUGCAGAUGUCAUCCAUCCGGUUUCAUGUGCAACACCUGUAAAGCCAGCAGGUGUGUUGUUCAUUUAGGCUGGUUGCAUUCUAACUCUAGGGAAAAUCAGAAAAGGGGGAAUAAAUGACCCACUUGCGUUCAUCGUGCAUACUGCAGUCACAUUAGUUCCUCGUUCCGCAGAAGAUAUCUUAAUUACUCUUCGCUUGCGUCUUGGGGUAACUAUCCUGGGAUUUUUUGUGGCAACUGUUAAUACACCGGUUUCAUCUACGUUGUAGAUUUGAUUAGGUUGGAAAUUAUGUUUUUCUUUGAGUUCCUUAAGUGCGUUAAAAAAAUUGGAAACACUUUGGCGAUUAAAUCCCAUAAGUCUAGCUAUCGAGGUCGAUUCUGGCUUACGUAGAGAAAAGUUGUAUUUCCACAUGAACAGCUCAACAAAGUGUCGUCCAGCCUUCUUCUUGGUUGUGUUAAAUCUGUGUGAAAUGUUACGAUUUUCCGCAAAAUUAUAAAUUAUCCUGCUUAACUGCUCCUUGGUUAGUCCAAAAGCCCGUUUGUCAAUAUUGAUAAUGUACUCUUGUAGUUCUUCUAAUUCCAUAUUCGAAAACGUGCUCUUGAAUCGACCAGCAUUGCAAGGAAAUUCCUGAAAAUAAAGACCAAUCAUUGUUUUUAAUAAUAUAUUAUUAUUUUAGGACGGAUUGUAACUGUACUUCCUCAGGAUCCCGCUUCAGAUAUCUUCUAAGAGUUGCUUCUGGGAGACAUAUAUGUUUUUGCCAUGGAAUUUACGCUUUUGUUGUUUUGUCUAACCUCAUUUAUGGCAAUUCGCAUGUUCUCAUUACUCCAUGAUUGUCGAUUCGUUUUGCGCUUGUACACUCUUCCCAUAUUUUAUUAUCAAAAAUUGUGUGUAACUAAUUUAUUACCCAACAAACAUCAUAUUA